GUGCUUAAAAAAGUUAUCACAUAAGUAGUCAUAAGUUUUUUAAAGACCGGAAAAGACCACUUGUCUCUCCAAAGAAGAGAACAAAACUCUACAAUAAGCUGCUGCCUUUUCAGCCGAGUGGAACACAUGGCUGACCAGAGUGGGCGCGCGCACAAAGGAGUUUGGACGCAACCAGCCAGUCUCCGACCCUCCGUCGUCCAUUCCACUCGAGUCCAGCACGCGGUGUCUUGUCUACCAUCACCGUGUCCUUCUCCCACCAUCCAAGUCCACCUUCCCCGUGCCCGACUCCACACACCACUCAACUCGGUCGUCCUCGCCGCACUUGCUUAUCCUCCCCUUCGUCGCCCGCCACCCCCACAGCCGGCACGCCUCCACUACCACCACCACCACCUCAAUGGCUGUCCUCGUCAUCCUCCUCCUCGCCACCUCCCUCCCGUCCACCGCCCUCCCCGCCUUCUCCCCGGCCUUCUCCUACUUCCUCGCCUGCGGCGCCUCCUCCGGCGUCUCCUUCCCGCGCGACAGCCCAGCGCGCAAUUUCACCCCGGACGACAAGUUCUUGGCCUCCUCGCGUGCCCAGGCGCUGACGGACGCCAACGCCAACAGCGCCUCCUCACAGCUCUACGCCGCCGCGCGCGCCUCGACCUCGGCCUUCUCCUACAAUCUUGAUAUCCACGACGACUCCGCCGCGUUCCUCGUCCUCCGCCUCCACUUCUUCCCUUUCGCCGCCUCGCAAUCCGGCGUAAGCAUCUCGUCCGCGCGCUUCGCAGUCUCUGUUCGGGACGCGUACACUCGGGACGCGUACACCGUGCUGUCCUCCUUCACGCCGCCGAGCGCCGGCGUCGUCAAGGAGUUCUUCAUCCCGGCCGGCGGCCCCGGCGACUUCCGCGUCAUGUUCACGCCGGACCCCGGCUCGGCCGCGUUCGUGAACGCCGUCGAGCUGUUCCCGGCGCCGGCGGAGCUGCUGUGGAACAGCACGAGCCCGGUGACGCCGGUGGGCGCCGCGGCGAACGUAGCCACGUGGCGGCAGCAAGCGCUGGAGACGGUGUACCGCCUCAACGUGGGCGGCCCCAAGGUGAGCAAGGAGAACGACACGCUGUGGCGGACAUGGCUCCCCGACGACCCCUUCCUCUUCGGCCCCCCGGGGCUCUCGAUGGUGAACACGACGAGCACCAAGAUCGCGUUCAUCGACUACACCAGCGAGGUGGCGCCGGACAUUGUCUACAAGUCGCAGCGCGCGACGAACCCGUCGGCGGGCAGGGCAUCGCUGCAACCGCCGCUUUUCAACAUCACGUGGACCUUCCCGGCGGAAGCAAGGUCCAACUACCUCGUCCGUCUCCACUUCUUCUGCGACUACGAGCCGUUGAACAGCGUCGUCGGCGAAGGCAUCAUGUUCAACGUCUUCAUCGGCCCAGACAUUGGUACCCAAGACCUGAUGCCGACGAAGACAAUCGCGACGCAGGCGAACCAGCAGGCCUUUUACCUGGACUACGCGGCCACGGCGCCGAACACCGGGAACCUCACCGUCAGCAUCGGCAAGUCGGUCAAGAGCAGCUCCACCGAAGGCGGCUUCCUGAACGGGCUGGAGAUCAUGCAGCUGCGACCUUCGGAUAAUUUGAGCUCGAGCACCACCAAGAGGACCGUCUUGAUCGUCACGCUCUCGGCCGUGCUCGGCGCCUCCGUCCUCGCGUGCGCCGCGCUCUGCCUGAUCGUCCUGCUGCGGAGGAGGAGACGCCGCCAUGUGCCGCGGCCCGCGCCGGAGGUGGAGAAGGAUGGCAGCACCCUGCCUUGGUCGCCCUACACACAGGACAGCUCCGGGUGGCCCGUGGAGCCGUCGAGCCGGUCCGGCGGCGAGGGCACGACCGGCGCGAUGCAGAGGAUGGGCACGCAGCUGCACAUCCCGCUGGAGGAGCUCAAGGCGGCCACGGACAACUUCCACGAGCGCAACCUGAUCGGCGUGGGCGGGUUCGGCAACGUGUACCGGGGCGUGCUCCGGGACGGCACCCGCGUGGCGGUGAAGCGCGCGACGCGGGCUUCCAAGCAGGGUCUCCCCGAGUUCCAGACGGAGAUCGUGGUGCUGUCCCGCAUCCGGCACCGGCACCUGGUGUCCCUGAUCGGCUACUGCAACGAGCAGGCGGAGAUGAUCCUGGUGUACGAGUACAUGGAGCAGGGCACGCUGCGGAGCCACCUGUACGGUCCCGGCUCCGGCGACGCGCCGCCGCUGUCGUGGAAGCAGCGGCUGGAGGUCUGCAUCGGCGCGGCGCGGGGGCUGCACUACCUGCACACGGGCUACUCCGAGAACAUCAUCCACCGCGACGUCAAGUCCACCAACAUCCUCCUCGGCGACGGCUUCAUCGCCAAGGUGGCCGACUUCGGGCUGUCCCGCGUUGGCCCGUCGUUCGGGGAGACGCACGUGAGCACGGCGGUGAAGGGCAGCUUCGGGUACCUGGACCCGGAGUACUUCAAGACGCAGCAGCUGACGGACCGCUCCGACGUCUACUCCUUCGGGGUGGUGCUGUUCGAGGUGCUGUGCGCGCGGCCGGUGAUCGACCAGGCGCUGGAGCGGGAGCAGAUCAACCUGGCGGAGUGGGCCGUGACGUGGCAGCGGCGCGGGCAGCUGGACAAGAUCGCCGACCCGCGGAUCGCCGGGCAGGUGAACGAGAACUCGCUGCGCAAGUUUGCCGAGACGGCGGAGAGGUGCCUGGCGGACUACGGGCAGGAGCGGCCGUCCAUGGGCGACGUGCUCUGGAACCUCGAGUACUGCCUGCAGCUGCAGGAGACGCACGUGCGCCGGGACGCCUUCGAGGACAGCGGCGCCGCGGGAGCGCAGUUCCCCGAGGACGUGGUGGUGCCGCGAUGGGUGCCGUCGUCCACGAGCUUCCUGACCACGGGCGAUCCCGACGAGACCGCCGUCAGCGUCACCGACGUGGGCGCCGCCAACAGCAAGGUCUUCUCCCAGCUCAGCAGCGGCGAGGGCCGGUGAGCUGCCAAUCCGAGUCACGUUCAGAAUUCACUCAUCGCAGCAUCCAAGAAACUCAGUCAGAGCUGCUGCUGAAUUCGCUAAUCUGCAAGAAAAUCUUGCGAAGCAACUGUUGCUGUCCCUACCCUGUUGCAUCACGGGCAAUCCAUGCUCGUUCUAAUGCAAACGGCCAAAACAAAUUGACUAGUGAGUAGUGAUUGAUUGAGCUAUAUACUUAUAUAAUUCAUUAGAUGCUCUUCAGCCUGUACGAAUGUUCGCAUGGGAACAAAACUUUUGGGGCCUUUUCUUUCUUCUCAGCUCUCAAGUGGUCACACUCAUACACCACGCAGCCAGGUAGUACAGUAUUGUAGAACAAAGCAAGGAGCCAAAGAAGUUUGGCCUGAAGAAUUAUCAUUUCUCAGUGGGGACAUGUCGUUCAGUGGUUGUCAACGUGUGUUCAACGUCACACUGAUGCUCGCCGGAUUCUUGUGUUCACCGACGGUUCCGUCCGUGUUAUGUCAGUUGCCAGGUCCACUCAAUUGGAUAUCGUUGUUCCCAGGUUAUCAGCUGAACAUUCGUCAGUUUGGUCAAAAGACUACUUACAUACACAACUGGCUCAGAGCAAUAAACAAUAUUUCAACUGGAUUAA